GAGGCCUGGAUGGACCCCCCCGGAGUUGGCUGAAGCCAGUGAGCCGCGUUCCAGAGCCUCAGGGCGGAAUCUAGGAGCCUCCUGGGGUUCAACGGAUGGUCCGAGGGCAGCGUAGACAUGGCUCACCUUCGGGGAUUCGCCAACCAGCACUCUCGCGUGGACCCCGAGGAGCUCUUCACCAAGCUGGACCGCAUCGGCAAGGGCUCGUUCGGGGAGGUGUACAAGGGCAUCGACAACCGCACCAAGGAGGUGGUGGCCAUUAAGAUCAUUGACCUGGAGGAGGCAGAGGACGAGAUCGAGGACAUUCAGCAGGAGAUCACCGUGCUCAGCCAGUGCGACAGCCCCUACAUCACUCGCUACUUCGGCUCUUACCUGAAGAGCACGAAGCUAUGGAUUAUCAUGGAAUACCUGGGCGGCGGCUCUGCCUUGGACCUGCUUAAGCCGGGCCCCCUGGAGGAGACCUACAUUGCCACAAUCCUGCGGGAGAUCCUGAAGGGCCUGGACUACCUGCACUCGGAACGCAAGAUCCACCGGGACAUCAAAGCUGCCAACGUGCUGCUCUCGGAGCAGGGCGAUGUGAAGCUGGCCGACUUCGGGGUGGCGGGCCAGCUCACGGACACACAGAUCAAGAGGAACACGUUCGUGGGCACCCCCUUCUGGAUGGCACCUGAGGUCAUCAAACAGUCUGCCUACGACUUCAAGGCUGACAUCUGGUCUUUGGGGAUCACGGCCAUCGAGCUAGCCAAGGGUGAGCCGCCCAACUCUGACCUUCACCCCAUGCGUGUCCUGUUCCUGAUCCCCAAGAACAGCCCGCCCACGCUGGAGGGUCACCACAGCAAGCCCUUCAAGGAGUUUGUGGAGGCCUGCCUCAACAAGGACCCACGAUUUCGGCCCACCGCCAAGGAGCUCCUGAAGCACAAGUUCAUCACGCGCUACACCAAGAAGACAUCCUUCCUCACCGAGCUUAUCGACCGCUAUAAGCGCUGGAGGUCGGAGGGGCACGGAGAGGAGUCCAGCUCCGAGGACUCCGACAUUGACGGGGACGCUGAGGACGGAGAGCAGGGCCCCAUCUGGACCUUCCCCCCGACCAUCCGGCCUAGCCCGCACAGCAAGCUGCACAAGGCGACGGCCCUGCAUGGCCCCCAGAAGUCAGCGGAGCCUGUCAAGAGGCAGCCGAGGUCCCAGUGCCUGUCUACGCUGGUGCGGCCAGUCUUCGGAGAGCUCAAGGAGAAGCACAGGCAGAGCGGCGGGGGCGUGGGAGCGCUGGAGGAGCUGGAGAACGCCUUCAGCCUGGCCGAGGAGUCCUGCCCUGGCAUCUCGGACAAGCUGAUGGCCCACUUGGUGGAGCGGGUGCAGAGGUUUUCACACAGCAGAAACCACCUGACGUCGACCCGCUGAAGCUGCUAUCUGUGCAGUGGGGAGGGUCCUGUCCUGAGCUCUGGGAGGACUGCACUGACUUGGAGCCUUUCCCUGCAGGGUCACGCCCCCACCCUGAGCAGAAGGCUGUCCAGCUUCCACGUCCCCUCCCUGGCUGGCUCAGCCUUCUCAAGCCCGUGUGGCCAGGUGUCCCCUCUGCAGGCUCUCAGGGCACCCGGCCGCCUGGACUGGGGAGCGGAGACUGAGGGGGGUGGGUCCACCUCGUCCCGCCCGGGGCUGCAGUGGCCCCUGGAGGACAUAGAUUUGCCUUGUUGUGUGGGGUCAGGUACCAUGUCUUCGCAUAAGUACUCGUGUCAGCCAGAAGCUUUUGUUUUUUAAGAAAACCGAACUUUGCUUCCCUAAACGUUGAGGUUGAGGUGUUUUCAUAGAACGUUGAGAGGCUCUUGCCACUUUCAAUAAAGACCUGAAUUGGA